CCCUCCUCCAUUGGGAGAUAGAUACACACCACCAACCAUAACACAAUCCUCGCCGUUCUAUUCCUUCAGCGUGAUAAAUUCACCUGACGACAUCCUGGAAGACCCCUACCGAUACCUAUAUACCCAUCUAAUUCACCAAUGCCGCCCGUAAAUCGACGAAUCCAACUCUCGAAUUGCUAGCCCGCCCUUGCUAGAGGGACCUAACCUCUUCACCCCUCGCUGACAAGACUACCUCUACGAUCGAGAAGUAUAAUGCCCAACACAACACUACGCCGGCCUCAGAAAGGCUAUGUCCGACGCGGUGGCAAGCAAGCCUAUCAUGGACCCUCACGCACACGGACUUUUGCUGCUUCAACCUCACGAACAGAGGGCACAUCAGCAGAUGAAAAAGCCGAACGGACACUCCUCGCGACACAGAUUGACGAGUCUAUGGGCUUCGCUCGGUACGAAGCUGGUCGUCCUCGCGGAGGUUGGUUGGUCAAUGUGCAACCAACAACGGUCGGAUUGGAUGAUGAUCGUGUUCCUGGCGGUCGGGCAGCCCUUGACUGCUACUUUAUCGAAGAAGACGGGCAAACUUUCAAAGCAACGGUGGAAUACGAACCGUAUUUCCUGAUUGCCGUACGUAAGGGCCGUGAGAGCGAGGUUGAAGAAUGGCUAAAACGUGUGCCCGGUGGUGGUGUCGUACGCGGCGUGAAACGCAUCGAGAAAGAGGAUCUCUCUAUACCGAACCACUUGUUAGGCUAUCGACGGACAUUCCUUGAAUUACGCUUUGGAAACGUUGGAGAUUUGAUGUCUGCUAGAAGAGAUAUAAUGCCUAUCGCGGAGAAGAACCGCAAGGCUAUGGAGACGGUGGAUGUAUAUGCUGAGGUCGCUGCUGAACAAGCCGGGUUUGACCUUUUUGAUGAUUCACGAGAUGAUGAUAAACGACAUAAUGCUUCCUUUUCAGACGCUAGCGAUUACGUUGUCGAUAUUAGAGAAUUCGACGUUCCAUACCAUGUAAGAGUAAUGAUUGAUAUGAAUAUUCGGGUAGGGAGAUGGUAUUUUGUAGAGGCGAAACAUGGGAUUACAUCCAUAACCCUCAACGAGGAACGUUUAGUUCAGGCCGAUCCUGUCGUCAUGGCAUUCGAUAUCGAGACUACCAAACUGCCGCUCAAAUUCCCCGAUGCUGCGAUAGAUCAGAUUAUGAUGAUAUCGUAUAUGAUUGACGGUCAGGGUUUUCUGAUUACCAACCGAGAAAUUGUAUCUGAAGAUAUUGCCGAUUUCGAGUACACACCAAAACCGGAAUAUCCUGGCCCAUUCAUGAUUUUUAAUGAGCCCGACGAGAAAGCUGUUAUCGAAAGAUUCUUCCUACACGUCAAAGAAGCAAGGCCGACCGUCAUCGCCACGUAUAACGGAGACUUUUUCGAUUGGCCCUUCGUUGAGGCUCGAGCGAGCGUCAAUGGCAUUGAUAUGUACCGCGAGAUCGGAUGGAGAAAGGACAGCGAGGAUAUUUACAAAUGCACAUACGGCGUUCACAUGGAUUGUUUUGCCUGGGUCAACCGAGAUUCCUAUCUACCGCAGGGUAGCCGAGGCUUGAAAGCCGUCACUGUCGCCAAACUUGGGUACGACCCAGAUGAACUCGAUCCUGAGCUGAUGACACCAUACGCAAGCGAGAGACCACAAACUUUGGCAGAGUAUUCAGUUUCAGAUGCAGUCGCCACAUACUACUUGUACAUGAAGUACAUACACCCCUUCAUCUUCUCAUUGUGCACAAUCCUGCCACUAGGAGGUGACGAUGUGUUACGGAAAGGAACAGGUACCUUAUGUGAGAUGUUGCUAAUGGUCCAAGCAUACCAAGGCGAGAUCGUAUUACCAAAUAAACAUGUGUCCCCAAAGGAAUCCUUCUGGGAUGGACAUUUGCUCGAUGCGGAAACUUACGUCGGUGGUCACGUUGAGAGUAUUGAAGCAGGCGUUUUUCGUGCCGAUAUUCCCGUCAACUUCGCAGUUGACACCGGUGCUGUUGACGAACUUCUUCGCGAUCUUGAUGCUGCCCUAAAAUUCUCGAUCGAAGUCGAAGAGAAAAAGUCUCUUGACGACGUCACCAACUACGAUGAGGUUAAGGAUCAGAUUACAGCACGCUUAAAUCAGCUGAAGGAGACCCCUAACCGAAAUGAACGACCGUUGAUAUACCAUCUUGAUGUCGCAUCUAUGUAUCCCAAUAUCAUGACGACGAAUCGACUACAACCCGAUUCCAUGAUCCAGGAAUCAGAUUGCGCGGCUUGCGACUUCAACAGACCUGGGAAGACAUGUGACCGAAGGCUUCCUUGGGCCUGGAGAGGAGAAUACCUCCCCGCCAAACGAGACGAGUACAACAUGAUUCGACACGCAUUGGAGAAUGAGAGAUUUCCCCCCAAAUGGCCGAACGGCCCAACGAGAACUUUCCAAGAUCUAACAGAAGACGAGCAAGCUGGUCUCAUCAGGAAGCGAUUAACAACCUACAGCCAGAAAGUGUAUCAUAAGAUCCGCGAUCAAACAACAAUUGUUCGCGAGGCCAUCAUAUGUCAGCGUGAGAAUCCUUUCUAUAUCGAUACCGUGCGAGAUUUUCGAGAUCGUAGAUACGAUUAUAAAGGUAAAGCGAAAGUAUGGAAAGGGAAAACAGAAGCACUCAAGUCUUCCGGCGCUCCCAGCCAGGAGGUUGAUAAUGCCAAGAAGAUGAUCGUUCUAUAUGACUCAUUGCAGCUUGCUCACAAGGUCAUUCUAAACUCUUUCUACGGCUACGUCAUGCGAAAGGGUUCGAGGUGGUAUUCCAUGGAGAUGGCUGGCGUCACCUGCUUGACAGGCGCAACAAUCAUCCAGUUAGCUAGAUCACUAGUUGAAAGGCUUGGGCGCCCCCUUGAGCUUGAUACCGAUGGUAUCUGGUGCAUGUUGCCCGCCACAUUCCCAGAGAAUUUUGCGUUCAAGCUCAAGAAUGGAAAGAAACUGGCAAUCUCUUAUCCUUGCGUCAUGUUGAACCAUUUGGUCCACGACAAAUUCACGAACCAUCAGUACCAAACAUUAACUGAUAAAAAGACGUUCAAGUACGAAACGACUAGUGACAAUUCCAUCUUCUUUGAAGUGGAUGGGCCGUACAAGGCUAUGGUUCUCCCUACCUCCAAAGAAGAAGACAAGAACUUGAAGAAACGUUACGCUGUUUUCAAUGAUGACGGCAGUCUAGCAGAGCUCAAGGGUUUCGAGGUCAAGCGAAGAGGUGAGCUGAAGCUCAUCAAGAUUUUCCAGCAACAGAUCUUCAAGUUUUUUUUGGAAGGUAGUACUUUGUCGGAAUGUUAUGCUGCCGUCGCAAAGGUAGCAAAUAAAUGGUUGGAUGUUCUAUACAGCAAAGGAUCAACGCUAGCUGAUGAGGAGUUUAUCGAUCUCAUCUGCGAAAACCGAAGCAUGAGUAAGACACUCGAGGAAUAUGGCAAUCAGAAGUCGACUUCAAUUACCACUGCUAAGCGCUUAGCUGAGUUCCUAGGAGAGCAGAUGGUCAAAGACAAGGGACUGAACUGUAAAUAUAUCAUUUGCGCCAAACCACGCAGUGCUCCCGUUACAGAACGAGCAGUACCAGUCGCCAUUUUCUCAGCUGAGCCCGAAAUCAAGCGAAGAUUUCUAACGAAAUGGCUGAAAGAAGAACCUUCUGAUAUGGAUCCACGAGCGUUGCUCGACUGGGAUUACUACCUCGAGCGUCUUGGAUCCGUCAUUCAAAAGCUGGUCACAAUUCCGGCAGCGCUACAAAAAGUCCGCAACCCCGUCCCGCGUGUCGCACAUCCAGAUUGGCUUCAAAGGAGGAUCAAUAUCAAAGACGACAAAAUGAAGCAGAAAAAGCUUACUGAUUUAUUUACAAAGGAGCCACUGAGUGACAUAACAAACCUUAAUGGGUCUCGAUUAGACGACCUUGAGGAUUAUGGUGCGAAGUUACUGAAGCCAAAAAGCACAACUGCGGUCAUUAAUGCCUCUCAAACAGCGGCGCUCGCUUCUAAGCGGAAAUCUCCAGAGCCCGAACGGGAAACCCAGGACCCCUUUGCAGCCCUUCCUAAGGUUAUGCCAAAUCCAUCUGAAGAUUACCCAGCCUUCUUAGAGUAUCAGAAGAAAAAGUGGAAGAUUCAAAAGCAGGCCCGUAUACGUCGUCGACAUCUCUUUGGAGAUCGACGAGGCAAUGUUGGUAGCAAUAUCCAGCAGACGUUCCGUAACCAAGCUGAAGUUACAUUUAGAAAUACCUGGCAGCUUCUACAACUUCAAACAACAGACAAUCCCGGCAUUGUGACAGCAUUUGUCCUGAUUGAUGCAAGAAUACACGCGCUCAAAAUCAAGGUUCCACGUCAAGUGUUCCUCAACUUGAAAGGGAAAGACCUGCCUGAUAUAGAUGUGGACGGCUGCGAUGUCGAGCAGGUUACUCAUACACUUCCCAAUGGCCACCCUUCGGCUCAUCUCUUCAAGAUUACCGUUCCAGAAGAUAUAUAUUUUGCCGAAGCUGACAAGUUUUCAUUGUUGUUCAAUCACCCUAGCGUUGAAGGGGUGUAUGAAAAGCAAGUCCCCCUGAAUAUGCGAGCCGUUCUUCAACUAGGCAAUAUUUGUACGAUCGAUGAGAGCCAACCUGGUGUUUUGGGCAAAGGACUCGAGGAAGGGUUCGACCUUUCAGGGUUGAUGCGGCCACUUAAACCAAAAGCAUAUCUUGAAUCGAAUCCCCUUGCCUAUAUAUAUAUAUCCCAUAUCACGGCAGGCGAACGACAAAUAUUUGGUUUCUUCUCUUCAACGAGAGACUAUGCACACAUUGUUAUCCUACAGAAGAGCAAAGAUUCUAGCUCAGAACUUCCCAAUGUCACAAAGAUAUACAGCGACAUGCGCUUGCGAAGGCUGCAGGAAGACCAAGAAAGCAACUGGCAGGAAUGUUUCACAUACCAGGAGAAGCUCAAUUUCAGUGUGAAACAAGUAACAACACGGAGGAAAGCUCACUUAGAAAUCGGUGACAUUGUCAGAAAGAUGAAAAAGGACGAAAUCAGGCCAAUGAUGCUCGUUAUUCAGUCCUCCCAACGCAACCUACUCAUCCACGAUGUUCCCAUUCUCGCAGAGUUCCCCAUUCUUCCGUUGAGGUACGACCAGGCAGAUAGCUCUCUUCCACCUCUUGGUUGGCAAUCGGUUGUCGCUAAGAGACUCGUUUCUCAUUACCUGAGUCUCGGUUCUUGGGUACUUCACCUCACAGCUCUUGCAAGAUACGGCGACAUACCACUCUGCAAUCUGGAACGAGACGACCCUAGGUUUCUCAUCGAUGUUGCAUAUGCUAGACGGCUGCAAAUGAAUAAUGUUGUCCUAUGGUGGUCGCCAGGAUCAAAACCAGAUCAUGCUGGCUACGAAAAAGAUGAUGUUACUGGUCCUCUUGAUACCGUUGUCAUGCCAUCGGCUAACAACCCUGGCACUUAUGCAUCUGUGUGUAUUGACCUCGAAGUCCGCAACCUUGCAAUCAACACAAUUCUCACUUCGUCUCUUAUUAACGAGCUGGAGGGUGCUGACUCGAUCUCCUUCAACCCUGCCUCUGAUGCUGCUCCGUCAGAUGGAUCCGAAAUGUUCCACUCGGAAUCAGCCUUUGCCAAUGCCGGUGUUCUUGUCCUCCGCGAGAUGGUAAAGUCGUGGUGGGCCGAGGCUUGCAAAGGUAGUCCAAUGGCAGAUAUACUUGUACAACAUCUCGUCCGCUGGGUGGAAUCACCCGAUUCGUUUAUGUAUGACCGUGCUCUGCAUUAUUAUGUUCAGAUGAUGAGCCGCAAGGCCCUCCUGCAGCUAAUGGCAGAUUUCCGCCGAGUUGGAUCACAGGUCAUCUUCGCAAACUCAAACAGGUUGCUCUUACAGACGACAAAAUCAGAAGUAGGCAAUGCUUACGCCUAUAGUCAGUACAUCCUAAAGAGCAUCAAAAGCAAACCGCUCUUCAAUUUCAUCGACCUGGAGAUCAAGGAGUACUGGGACUAUCUAGUUUGGUACGAUGAGUUCAAUUAUGGCGGCAAAGCGUGCCAGGAAGUCGUCGAAGCCCAGGAACAAAACCUCGAGACAAUUAUGUGCUGGCAGAUCAAAACGUUUUUACCCGUCAGGCUCCAGGAUACAUUCCAACACUGGGUUGUCGAGUUCAUCCAACUGAUGCAUGGUAUCAAACACCCGCACAAUGGAGAUCCAGACUCCACGCCGCGACCUACACAGCUGCCCUUCCGUAGUCUCACACAAAGCACCGACGUUGAUGAUAAGGAUAAAACUCCGAUCAUACUUACUAAGACGUUUGAACGUCCCUUGAAAAAAGAGAUCCAGUCUCUCAUCUCAACACGGGCUCGUGAAUUGUUACACCCGGAAUUGACAUCAGACUGGUCAUUCCCUCUGCUGCCAGGCAACAGUGGGAGCCAUAACCCACACCCUCAACUAAAGCAUUUGCAGUCGCACGCACAGAGGACCGGGACUGAGAAUGCGGUACUUGAGCUUGUAAAGUCUCUUAUGCAAGUACUAUCACUCGACAAAAAUAUUACGAAUGAGGCGCGUUUGCUCCGCCGCGACUUGUUAACGCUCUUCGAUGUCCGGGAGUUCAGCCGCGACGGCACAUUCGUGAACCCUAGCGAUUCACUCAAGAUUCUUCAGUUGAGCUGUGCCGAGUGCACGCUCGCGCGAGACUGGGACUUGUGUCGUGAUGAGAGCUUACUGCCCGAUCUGUCGGCGCUCUCUACUUCCCUCGCAGCAAACGGUAACGGUGGCUUGGAGGGGCUUUCUGCCUCGGAGAUACGGAAAGCAGCUGCGGCCAAACCGUGGAAUUGCACAUUUUGCGGCGCCGAGUUCAGCAAGCUGCGGAUCGAGGAACGGCUGCUCGGGGAUGUGGACUCGUGGAUCGUCGAGUGGACUACCCAGGAUGUCAAGUGUCAACGAUGUGGAAGUGCACGGCUGAAUGAGUUUGCGGAACAUUGCACUUGCUCGGGACCCUGGGGCGAAAGUAUCAAGAGAGAGGACAUACUUAAGAAAUUGGGCGUUUAUGCCGGUGUGGCUGAGUGGUUUGGUUUGAGAAUGUUGGCUGCGCUUGUUAAUGAGGUGCUUGGUAAUAUUUGAGCUUUGAAGAUCCCAGUGAUAUAACUAAAAGAAGCGCACGUAUUGCUCCCAGGAAGCUAGGUAUAUAGGCUUGGUUUGGUAAAGGCUGGGUAUGGUCGGUGGCUUUUGUGGUCCCAUUGCUGCGCACAGGCGUUUGGUGUUGGAUUCUGUUUAACGAUUCCCAUUGUUUAAUAUGAAUGAAAACCGAAGUAUAUAUCUUGUACAUACGACGCGUUGUUGUGAGAGUAGUAAAUCUACUUGUAAUAAGUGACUUAGGUGAAGUAUGUAUAAACGAACAUACCCAAUGGCAUUUUAGAGACUAGAAUUGUGAGAUGUCGAGAACGCAGCAUACGCUACCUAGGUAGUAAGCACACGACCUUAUGGUUUGCCUUGCGCGUUCUCGUGGGUAAAGAUGGAGGUUAUAAUUGAAUCUUAUUGUUGCACAAGGAGUCCCAAAUAGCCGACCGACUUUUGUCUCGAGGGUAUAGUGUAGCGUAGCAGUAGGCGUCAGCUUCUUGAUCGGUCUGCGAAAAGACA